AUGCUCAUGAGUCGAGAGCCGGGCAACUUCUUAAUUCGCACGAGCAAGUCCAGGCCGAACUGUUAUGUGCUGGUACUGCGCGUGCCUACUUCACUGGAUGGCGGUGAACCGGUGCGCGCUUUCCUAAUUGAGCACACCCAGAUGAGAUCAGGACGGGGUGAUAGCUAUCACCUGCAGGGUUUCCAAGCAGAACCCGUCUACCCCACAUUGGCGGCUUUCGUGCAGGACCACACAGUCAACCGUGGGGCUCUGCCGGUCUGCUUGAAACUGCCAACUGCGGGCACGUCAUACACUGAGGGUUACCUGCACAGCGUCACCUCCACCGGUACCAGACAAGGUGCAAAGUCUAUGGUCAACAGAACCGGGACAGGCGACUUCAAUUGUGACGUCUUAUUUCUCGGCAAUUCUGACGUCUUCCCCUUGGAGAAUGCGGCGGCCGUGCGCAGGGCUGUUGAACAGAUACUUAUAAACGCGAAAAAUCCGUCGAAGGGACUGAAAAAGAAGUGUGAAGCCCUUGUGAGCAUUUCAGCCGACAAGACACUGACCAUUGUGGACAAGACGGGACUGCGCUUCCAAAAGAAGACCAUAGCCGGCAACAAGAUACGCUUCUGCGGUUAUGAUCCGGAAGAGAGGGUGUUCAACUGCCCGGAAUUGCGGAAUCGGGGCGUGGUUGACGCACAGAUUUUCGCUAUAGUUGUUAAGAAGACGAGGUUUGCAAUGACGGAGCACGUAGUGUAUGUGAUGUGCCAACUGGAUGCGCACCAACCCAGUUCUUGGUUGGUCAACUACAUCAAUCGCAACGUCAUGGGACAACACAGAUAG